CAGGGGAGAGGAGAGGAGAGGAGAGGAGAGGAGGGGAGAGGAGGGGAGGGGCGGGGCGCGAGGGGACUGAGCCGAUCCGAUCCCACGUGUGACGCUGUCGUUCCCGGCUCAGUAAUAUUCUCAUAGCGGGGCUUUGCAUAUCUCCUGGCCUGCCUGCGCGUCUGUCCCUGUAAGUGUCGUCCCAGCCGAUCCUCGUCCGGAAUCGCUAUGGAAGCAGACGGGAGUCCAGCCGCAUCCGGAAGCCUAAACGACUCACAACAUGACCCGGGCAAAAUGUUUAUCGGCGGCCUCAGCUGGCAAACCUCACCAGACAGCCUUAGAGACUAUUUUAGUAAAUUCGGAGAGAUCCGAGAAUGUAUGGUGAUGCGAGACCCCACGACGAAACGCUCAAGAGGGUUUGGGUUUGUUACAUUCACAGAUGCUGCCAGCGUAGAAAAGGUCUUAGCUCAGCAACACCACGAAUUAGACUCAAAGACGAUUGAUCCUAAGGUUGCCUUUCCACGUCGCGCCCAGCCUAAGAUGGUCACAAGAACGAAGAAAAUAUUUGUGGGUGGCCUUUCAGCCAACACAGUAGUGGAAGAUGUGAAGCAGUAUUUUGAACAGUUUGGGAAGGUUGAUGAUGCCAUGCUUAUGUUUGAUAAGACUACGAACAGACAUAGAGGAUUCGGUUUCAUAACUUUUGAGAGUGAAGACAUCGUUGAGAAAGUCUGUGAAAUUCAUUUUCAUGAAAUCAAUAAUAAAAUGGUAGAAUGUAAGAAGGCCCAGCCCAAGGAGGUGAUGUUCCCGCCCGGAACAAGAGGGCGAGCCAGGGGUCUGCCCUACACCAUGGAUGCCUUCAUGCUCGGGAUGGGCAUGCUGAGUUACCCGAAUAUUGUGGCAACGUACGGCCGUGGAUACACUGGAUUCACACCCAGCUACAGCUACCAGUUCCCUGGCUUCCCAGCGACGGCAUACGGACCGGUGGCGGCGGCGGCGGUAGUAGCGGCGCGUGGCUCAGGUAGGGGGGCCCGUGGAAGAGGCGGCUACUUGGCGUACCCACAGAGCACAGGGCCAGAAGGAUGGUGGUGACGAGGUGUAUUUGAACCGCUCGCCGGGGCCUUUGGGAGCAAAGCAAGAGAGGUCCCCUGCAGUUUCUGACUCUGCCGCAGCGUUCAAGGAGGGUCAAACUGGAGGCCACUGGAGGUGUUUGCAGACACUUCAAUGUGUUUUUUGUCUCAUUUGAAAAGUUUGUUUGUCGUGCUGUGCGAUACUGCAAGAUUUGGUAUUGGCUCAAUACCAUGUACUGUAAAUACCGGGUCAGUAUCGCUGAUGCUUUUUAAUAAUUAAGGUUGAUGCAUCGUGAAAUUGAUCAAUCUGAAUACAUUUUUAUGGCCUUGAAGUGUUUUGUGCCUUUCAUCCUUGGGAGUAUGAAUUAGUUAAAACCCAGGGAUAAGGAUACAAGUUUUGGUUCACUUGCUAGAGAGUAAAUAUACUGUAGCAAGUAGACAGUGUCCCUUUUCCAGUUAAGACAAAAAUAUAUUCAUAGAAAAUCAAAUCUUAGCUGUAUUGUAAUCAUACGGUCAUUUAAAUAACACAUUUGUGUGCUAUAAAAUGUAUUGCAUCAAGGUCUAAACUUCAUUGACACUUUGAGUUGGCUCAAGUAACAAACGGCCAGUGGCACAUUGAAAUUCAUAUGUAAUAUCUCAUGCUGAGGAUGACUGAAAUAUUGACCUGGAUGUCGUCUGCCGGACUGAAAGGCCUCGUCGUACAGUUGUACCGGUCAACUCGGCCUCUUGUUUGGGGGGUCUGGUUUUUUUUUGGGCCAGUGAUUUUUCGGAAAUGUUUAACGCGUUUAAGUCGGCUAAUUUGACAAAACAGCAGCAGUGCAUACAGGAGAAAAACAUCAAAUAAAGUAUGGAUCUCAUAUCGACCAAUAUCAACACCAACAUCAGAAUGGAUAUUAUCGCUAUUUGGAUCAAUUCGCCCAGCACUACACUACGGCUUUGCUUCCGCGUAGGUCCGCACGUUAGCAUCCGCGUACGCCAUUGGCCGUAUAUCCACUGAGGAAAGCGAUGCAGUGGCUUGCGUUCUGGGUGCCCACCUGUGCUGUUGCUAUUUAGGAUGAACCUCAACGAUUGUGUCGUGGCCACCAUUUUGAGGAUGGUUGUGUCUAAUGUUUGACAUUUAACUAUGUUGCAUAUUGAUGAACACGCCGAAAAAUAUUCCCCACUGCAUUUAUUAGAUCCCCAGCUAAUGAAAUAUGAACACAGCCUCAGCUGCGGUUUUGUUUUGUUUGUUUCUCCAUUAAAGUUACAGAAAUAGCCUGUGCUUUUGGCAUUGUCAGAGAGAAGCAGAGCAAAACACAAAGAAUGGAGAAGGUUCCGGCGGGUCCCAGGCUGCUUUAAGUCUUUUCCUGAUCCCCUCGGAGCUUCCUGCUAAGCUCAAAUGUCGGCUUCAGAUCUCAGCUUCACCUCCGGUGUUCAGAAAAUGCCGUUCAGGUGUCAGCGCUCGCUACGUGCAGUCAGUCUAGUGGGAAGGCGGUUGCCGCUGCAGAAAUACCACGGCAUUAUAAAAUAUAGAAGUACUUAUGCUAAAUCAAGAUUCUUCUUGCAUUAAUCUCGUCUCUUUGUGACAGGCCUUUUAUUAUUAUUAUUAUUAUUAUUAUUAUUAUUAUUAUUGUUAUUACUAUGCAUUCCCCCUCCUCUCCCUGCCUCUUCUACUAGAGAACUUAUGUGACGGUCGUUUCUGGAAAUUCCUCCCGAGUCAUUUAGUGAUCUUCCGCGGUGCUCGGGAGAACUCGACGAAUGGCUGUGUGUUCUGGCCUCAAUCAAUCUGGGUUCCGUUUGAGCCACGUGUUAAUCCGCAGAGCUCAAGCCCGGUGCCAGGAGCCAGGAGCCCUCUCCGUGUCGAACAGGAGCGGGCGUGCUAAGACCGUCCAAAAACUUGGGUUUUUGUCGAAGGCCCGGGAAAAGUUGUGACACACACAGGAGAGGGCAAAACGUCCCUUUGCGCUUUUGCCGCGGCAGCUGUGGGCAGCAGAUGCUCGGAGGUUACGGGCGCAUCCCUUUAGGGACGUCGCGGCUUUGCCCUCCGGGGUGUGCAUACAUAACGCUCUCUGCAAAGGAAGCACGCUUGAAGGCUUCGUGCCACAGUGAGGACAAUUGUUUGUUUUUCUGCUCCCUUGCUCCCCCUGCAGUUGUCACACUCGUAGGCCACUGUGGUUGCUAGAAAUAAACAGCAGCGAGCAUGCAUUUGGUCAUUAGCUGGCUCAGGUGAAUCUGGUCCGAUAUUGGACAGACGUUCAACACUGAGCAACCUUUUCUUCUGCAAAAUGUUGUGUCAUUCUUCCAUAAUUCAUUUAGUUGGAAAAAUAUGCCCACUAUUUUAUGAAGUUUUAGCUCAACCAGCAAAGACAUCCAGUGGUGCCCAAAGAAGAUAAGCCAAUUGAAUUUGCAUGCUAAACACGGACAGAGCUUGUCUGCACGUAGUGCACAAUACCCGAAUUUACAUUUUGGAACUGUUUCGUUAAUGUUACACAAUAUGAAUGAACAGAAAUAGAGUGUGCCGAACUGUCGUACUAUGUUUUAAAGAAUAGUUUAACAUUCUUAACUGUCGUACAUGUAAAUCAAGGUGGAGCGUUUCAGAAAGUGCCAAGGGGGACUCCCUAAAGGCAAGGCAACCCUAUGCAUUCCGCUUUUUAACAUUCCUAAUUGCUAUAUAAUUGUAAAAGGGGAAAAGAAAAAAAAAAAAAGAAGAAGAUUCUCUAAAAUAAAACAGAUUUUGGGUGUCCAUUCCAAUCUUUUUCUGUGAUUGUUUUCAUCUUUUUGGUUGCUUAAACCACAUCGAAGUUGAGCUGCAACAAAUGAGACCACUCGCUACAGUACUGCUGUCACAAGUCGCAUUUCUGUUUCUAAGUUCCAUUUAAGUCCUUCGUUGGUGCAAUCACGGGUGCUCUUCUGUGGUUGCGUCACACCGAAAAAGCAAAAUGCUGACAGUUAAUCCUUUAGACCGGGGGUCACCUUAAUGGUGCCCACGGGCACAAGUUCGCCCCCGAGGCUCACAUGAAGAGCCCGCAGGCCUGUUCUAAAAAUAGCUCACCGGUUAUGGGACAUUGUGAAUUGCAAGGAAUGUUGCUGACGUGCUCAUUUGAAAAUGUCAACAUUUGCAGGGAUUUAUUUUUAAAAAUAAUAUUAUUAUUACCACUCGUAAAAAAAAAAAAAAAAAAUAAAGUAUUUUAGGCAUUAUUAUUGUAAUAAAUGUACUACUGUUCAAUAUAUAAUCUCCUGGAUAAUAUAUUUAGUAUCGACUGAUGAAAAUGUUUGCAAUUGCAAACGUUCAUUGCUUUCUCUCCAGUACAUGGCCAAUAGCCUUCAGUAAAAGUCUGAAAUUGCAUCCCUAAUGAGUUCAUAUGAACAUGAGCAGAAACGCUGGAACUAUUUUGAGGCUGAGGUUCAGGGCUGUCACCUCUCGGUUUACUUUCUCCGUCACAAGCGGAACGUAUCCCAGACGCCUUCACUGUUCAUUACCAUCAGUUUAGUGGGGCCCGCGUGGGCAGCAGCUAGUCUGCAGCACGCAGUGUUACACAUUUCCCUCUUCCGCUAAAUAUUAGUCAGGAGCUCUGUUGAGUUUGCUCAUUGCUGGAAAUAACGCUAUGAAAAGAAAAAAAAGGUAUAAAAUGAGUAGGGACAAAAGACAGGCAUGAGUAUGAGUGAGUAAAUGCAAGAAGAAAUCAUCUGUUAAAAUUCAUUAGCCAAGCUUCUCUGAACACAAAAUGACAAGACAUUAAAUAUGUAUUAUUUAUGAAAUGUCUGCGCUCUCUGAAAAGGCUGUCUAGUGCUGUUAAUUACUCAGCCGUUGGUUCAGAAAAGAUUAUUUCAAAUGGAAAGUGAAAGCAAGGCAAGGCAGCAAAAAGAGCUGUUAGUUUAUAUCACGCGGUUUUUAAAUGACAUUGGUGGAAAUGGAAAAGCUAAUUACGGGAGCCCGACAAUACAAUGCUAAUUUGAGAAGCAGCGUGUCAGGUUUAUUGACAUCUUCUGUCGGGUUGAUGUGGUUUGAUGGCCACCGAGGGAUCUGACUGGCACUGCGACAAAGGCGGAGGAGUGAGCGCCUUCCUCGUAGAAAUGAGCAGAGCUGUUUGAUAGUCACAAGCAAACAUGCGCAGGUGAGCCUCGGCACAAACCCAUCAACUCUGCGUGCCAAUAAUCAUUUACACCGGCGUUGCGCGACCUUUUUAUUGAGCCAAGGCAUCCAUUAUAUUUUUUUAAAAAAGAAUAUGGAUAGGAAAAAUGAUGAUGAUCUCAUCUUAAUUUACUCAUAAAUUGACUUGGUGUUAAAUCCGCGGCCUCUUAAUUGAACACCAAGCUGAUAUUGUCGCGGGAAGCCAUGAUUUAUUCUGUUAAAUGAAUGGCAACAGGUUUAUUUGACCAUAUGCCAUCUCAUGCCCUUUAAAGUGAGUUUUUCUCAAUUCAUUAUACAGAAUAAUUGCUGAAAAUAUGCGCAUAGACUGAGAACCAUCUAGUACUCAAUUGCGGGGAUAGAGUAUGAAGCUGUUUUUCACUAUUUGGAUUUUCCUGAUGCACUUGGGGCGUGGCUAAAUGAUGGCCCGUUUACGCACCUCGGACCCGGCGUGAGUCGCCCCUCCCUCACGAUUGAAGAACUUGAGCACCUUCCCUCGCGUGCAAUUUGCUAGCUAGCACUUUGCUAGCUAGCUAUGCCCGCACCACAAAAAUGCAUCUUCCCUUCGGAUAGCCAACUGGCGCUGCCGCUUUAGAGCGCCUCGUUGUCGGCCAUGAGUGCAUGCACAUCACACAGAGAAAAGAUGGUUGAGCGAGGAGGGGGGAAUUUUCUUUUUGACAUUUGACAUUUAAGCCAUUGAUUAUUUGUUUUAUGUGUUUAUUUGCGCUAGCUGUCUUUUGUCUUUCGCACUUAGUCACUAAUGUUAUCUUACCCUCAGGUUCCUCUUGGUUAUAAUUUGUCUCCUUGCCGUGGCCAGUAGCCACACGCCGAGACGUAAAUACAGGAGACCAUUGUUCCCCUCCGUUGUUGUUUGUUGCUAGCUUAUCUUCUUCCGACUGAUGCAUUCAGUGUGGUGUCGUUUCCCUCAAAAUGGAUUUUGAGAUUUUGAAGUUUUGAAGUGGAAAACAAACCCCGACAAACCAAAGCGAAAAGAAAAGUGCCAUAUGUGCAGUUGCACACCACUGUAAACUGCAACCACAAUAAUAAUCCACCCAUUGUCUAUGGCGCUUGUCUUCAUUAUGGUGGUGGGUGAACUGGAGCUUAUCCCAGCUGACUUCUGGCCUGGUCGCCAGCCAAUUGCGGCGCAGACGGAGACAAAAAAAAAAACCUUCACACUCGCAUUCAAAUCUAUGGACACACUUCAAUUAGCCAAAUGUGUGUUUUUGGGAUGUGGGAGGAAGCUUAAGUAUAGAAGAGAAACUCUUCACAGCAGCAAUCACUACUCCAGUGUGCUGCCGUAAUGAUAAUCGUAUUUUUAAAUCUCUCAAACGGUGGCCAUCAAAACGGGAGCAUGAAUGUCUUUGUACAGGAUGAAUGUUUCUUGCUACUCUUGGACGGGAUGUGAUUGUGCAGGUGUACCCAGUGGCACCGGUGAGUGUAUAUCAAUCACAGUUGGUGCAUUAAUAUUCCUCAGAUGGAUUAGUCAUGCACACCAAGAAAACAAAUGUGUGGUCAAAAUGUAACUUUCCGAUGACUUUGCAAUCAGCGCUGAUUGCGGCGGCAUAUGACAAAAUUACAAGUAGAGGUUGUGGUGCCAGUGUUAAGAGGCCCGUCAAUCAGUUUGGAGAGUACAGCAGCUCCUAAUGGGCUGCUGAUGCUGCCUUCGGAACACACUGGUGAAGUCAACUUGCUGAAGUCCUUAGGGGAAAGCGGUGGUUGUAUACGGUGUUAUAUUUUAUCAUCAGCGUGAUUAGUUUCGUGUUCCAACUAGCGAGGGACCAAAAGGGCCGCAGUGCUUUCAAGGUUGAUGAUUCCUCCUUAAAGGCAGUCACCUGGCAAAGUGGCAAGCAGUGCAGGACAUUUAUCCACUUGGAGAGCGCCACCCUGAUGAUGUCGGAAACAGAUGACUGCAGGACCACCACCCGCCCACCCCACCGGCGCCUAACAGCUAGUUUUGGUUGCUGAGGGUAGGAGGGGAAUAUGGUAGAGGGGUUGUGGAGGCGAGAUAAUUAUCAGUAUAAAUGAAGCCCUGUGAAUGAUUCGCACUGCUGGGUCCCCUGAUCUAGUCUCCAAGGCAACCUCGGCACGCUCAUUUGUUUUGUAGAUGAGUAAUUACAUCCAAUUAGUGGCCACUGAAAAAAAAGGAGCCUAAGAAAGGCCCAUUGUUCUGGAUAGAUUGUGUGAAUAUUAAUAAUGGGACGGUCCACGGCUCCCUGAUAUGAUUGGUGAUACUUAUGCAGCUGUGGGGACAAUCUGCCCGGUCUCGUCCUGCAUAACGGAUCAGAUAGCCGCUGAUGAAAAUAUAUGGCUCUGAGAAUGGGCCGGCAUGUUUGUGCAUGAGUGUCUGAGAAGCACUUUUUGUCCAGCAGCCUGUAGACGGCCAAUAAAACACUGCUUAGUCCUUGCUCACUGCAACUACAGAUGCUGCAUCGUCUCCAAAUAUUUUGGUUUUAAUGGGCUUCAUCGUUUAGAAAUGAUUUCUUUUUCUUUCUUUUUUUCAAUUAUUUAUUGGAAAGUGAUUGGUUUUUUUUUUUAUUGAGGAUAUAUAGAGUAACGGUCAAAAGUUUGGAAACACUUUGUCAUUCAAUAGCAUGAGAAAGUAUAUCCAAACAUUUGACUGAUACAUAUUAGUGGUUUAGCUGAUUAGUCAAGUAGUCGACGAGUCAACUAUUCUGCCUCGUGUCGAUGUUUAAAUUAUAAAAUAAAUCGCUUUUUGGCAUCGAUCUCGUCUUCCGAUCGCACAAUUGACUUUUGAUUCGACCGUCUGCUGUCGCCAACAAGGCGACAUAGCCUCCGUACAGCUAUCCAAAUAAGGUUGUGAAUGAGAAUAGCCGUUAGCGAUGCUAGCUUCGGCUAUUCCGAAUCUUGAAAUAUUCAUGCGCAAAGCGAAGCUCCAUCUUUGUGGGCAAAAUGUUAAUGUCCAAUCACGCGCGGACAACAACUGUAUGUUAACGGGAACUUUUUUCAUCUUAGAAGUUGUACGACCAACAUUACGUUGGUGCAUUAGUGUCGCUUUACGGCAAUGUGUGGUAACACUUGUACUAUGAUACAAGCGUGUGCAAAUAUUUUACCAAGAAUGAGACCUGGAGCUGAAAAAAUAUCAAUGACAUCAUCGAUUAAUCGACUUCGACUCAACUUUUAUCACAUUAUAGUCGAGUGCAACAAAUAUUUAGACAUUCAACACCUAACAUAGCUUCAUGAGAUACUUUGUCACUGUGAAUUUCUAAUAGUAGUAUGUCAUCAAACUUGUUUUGUGAUUUAAAGUAUGUUUCAGUAUGUAGUUUACAGAAGUCUUUAGCCACCACUUUUUUGUGUCUUGUUUUAAUGUCCUUUUUCACAGCAGUCAUUUUGACAAAACAGUAUGUUGUAGGACAGUUUUGGGACAGGACAGGAUAGGACAGGAUAGGACAGGACAGGACAGGAUUGCUCAAAAAUGACAAAGCCAAUUGCACAUUGGUUGUACACACCGGUAGCUCGUCCAGCGUUUCGAUCUCCCGCUGUCAGUGAUUUAACUCCCACUAUCGGUGAUUUGAAUCAAUACAAGUUGGAUCUGCCCGACUCAAGGGCCAAAGUUUUAGCCGUAGUAAGUCUGCAUCAGUAACAACGAACAAUGUAUGAAGAGGAACUUUGCACACGUGUGCAUGUGAAAAGAAGAAUGCUUUGGGACAUAUUUGCCAUUCCAUACGUAAUCCCACUAACGCAGUUUGUUCUAUUGUCAAAUAUUUUCACCCUCCAUUAAAAUGACUCCAUCGAUCCCGUUUCCCCUCAUUAGCAAGGCCAAUCAAUUUUCAGUGACAUUUUUUUCUAAGUGAACUAAAUGUAAUGAUUGGCUCUUGAGCUUUGUUCAAUGUGUCAGGCAUUAUGCGACGAACGUGGGAAGCCCGCUGCAUUCGGAUCCUAUAAUUUGACGAGUGGGCCGACAGCCCACAAGUGGCGAGAUCAGAGUGCUAGAAAGCACUGGCGGGAGAAACAUGGCUGCUGCUCGCGUUCCAUUUGGCACAAGUGGACUUUAUCAUUCCGAGUGGGUAGAGGUGAAGUGGCUUCCGAUGGCUGCUUGCUCCGCGGGCCAAAUAAAAACACAAACACACGGCGACGGCGGGGGAGGUCGAGGGCGGCGACGGAAGAAGUCGGUGUCACCGGGCUGAGUCCCUCCUGAGUAGAUUAAAGCUGCUAUCUAAAAAAGAGGCGUGAGGAGGACGUUUGCUUUAAUUGCCCUCUUUCCAUGAGCAGCUUGUCUCCGAUUAAGAGGACAUGCAAUAAAUGUCAGCACGACUUACUGCUGAAUGACAUUUUCUAAACUGUUGAUAAUCCGCCAUCUGUGUCGGGGGGAGCGUUAUUAGGAGGAGGGGGACGUGUUUGGAUCACAUUGGGAAACGCGCAGCAUCAGUCAACACCGAUGUAUUUGUAUCUCAUUCACAUACGCGCCUUAUCAUCUCUCGCUCGCUGGUCAAAGAGGAGCCAUUAAAUUAAUUAUCGAUCGGUGCGCUUUGUGUUUCUUUCAUUCAGGCUUCCUUCAGGUAUGUCAACAGAGAAUUGUCCCUUCGAAAUGAGAACGUAUUGACCUGCGUUUUAAUGAUUGCUCAGUUUCAUCUCACUUCGUAAUGAUUGCACACACACAAAAACGCGCGCGCAACCUUGGUCAAUUCUGCAAGGGAAAAAAAAAACAAUAAAUAAAAAAAUAAAUGUCAGGGCUACAAGAGGAAUAAUUGUGGCGACGUUUAGGAUGCGGCUGAGCGUGUCAAACGUGGGUGGGGGGGAUUUACAAACACUGAAGGAGAAGCCGCUCGACAAUCUGGACAUUGACUUUGACAUUGACAAAGUUGAAUUUCCACAAUGAUGGAGUCCCCUCCCCCUCCCCACCUUUACUGUAUC